GGGGCUGCGAGGGUGUGUGUGUGUCACAUGGGAAACAGUCAGGGCGCCGUCACAUGGUUUGUGUUUGCAAGCUGAGGCUAACCCAAAAAAAAGAAAUACAGACUAAGUUUGCGUGCUGUGUUCCUCUUUUUAAACGUCAGACGGCUUGAAGCUCAGCUGCUUGUAAUGGAAAUUCCUGCCAUCAAUUUAAAGGCCAUCGUUGUGGUGCACUGGCUGCUUACAGUUUGGGGAUGCAUGGCGUGGCUUCCCACCUCCUACGCCUGGGGCAACUUCAGCGUUCUAGCCGUGGGGGUUUGGGCCAUCGCUCAUCGGGACUCUAUCGACGCUGUACUUAUGUUUCUCAUCGGGAUGGCGGUGACCAUUAUAACCGACAUCAUCCACUUUGGCAUCUACUACUCGCUGAGUGAGCUGGCGUCGGAAAAGGGGCGGGACGUGUUCCGCUUCAGCGCCGGCAUGGCUAUCCUUAGCUUGCUGCUAAAGCCCGCCUCCUGUUUCUUCGUCUAUCAGAUGUACCGAGAGAGAGGUGGCGACUACAACGUCAACUUCGACUUCGAGACCUCCAUUGACAGUCGCUGUACCACGGACAGUGCUGACAGUGCCUUUAUCGGCCGCCGCUAUUGACCCCUCCCCCUCUACUCUCUCUGCCAAUCACCUCGCUUCCAUCCCCCCUGCACAGGAAGUGAGCUCACCACCAGGAAAGGACAAGAAAACCGCUUUUAUUUUCUCUUUUUUCGUUUGCAUGUGUAUUUAUAAGUGUGUAUGUUGCAGUUUUGUACAUGUUGGAAUAAAUGUGACAAAUGUAUCGUCUACAUGUCAUGAUUUAAAAUAGAGUUUACUCAUUGGCUGCCAUUGACGUCCAAUUCAUUUGGACUGAGACAUGAUGAGCCAAUGUGGUUAGCGUGUA